GUUCGAUCUCCUCUCUCUCUCUCCCUCGACCAUCAUCGCCAAUCGGAGCAGCGAAGCCCACCCAUCGCCGCCGCCCGAACCCGCCGGCGCCCGCGCCCGACGCCGGACUCGCCCGGUCGACCGCCGAUCCCCGCGCCGCCCCAGGAGGAGGAGGGUGCACGAGGUCCAGGUUCUGUGCUAGCUGAAUCCGUCCCGCGCGCGUGGCCCUGGAGGGGGAGCUGGACUCAGUGUGGUGUGAGAUGAGCUAGAUUCCGAACUAGGACGACGCGCGCGGCGGCGGCGGCCGCGAUUUGAGCCCUCGCGCCUCGCGCCUCCGCCCUUUGCCGGUUGCUAGUUCUAGAGGUUUUAGCCUAGCCUAGUAGAGGCUUCUGUUGCUUCUGUUUGCCGGUGGGUGGGGAUGAGCUCCGAGCCGCCCCCGGGGCAGCAGCCCAAGAACAUGAGGACAGUGUACUCGAGGGAGUUCCUGAUCUCGGUCGGCGAGUCCGACCGCUGCAAGCACCUGCCUCCCGGCGUGGACCUGUCGCUACUCAACGAGCUUCAGGUGGCGUCAUCGGUUGCGUUCGAGAAGAGCAACAACAACAAGGGCCCGUACGCGACGCCCCUGGGAAGAGCAGAUGGGUCGGGGGGCUACACCUAUUCGUCGCGUGGCGGGAGCUCUGGAGGAAGGUGGGAUACUCGCUCCACGGGGUCGAGUGACCGGGAAGGCGACUUGCCUGACCGUGAGCUGUUAGCGCAGGAUAGGCGUAACGGAAACCAAUACAAACGCACUUGGCAGAAUACAGAACAUGAUGGCCUACUGGGAAGUGGUGGUUUCCCUAGACCGCCAGGAUAUGCUGGGCAGCUGGCACCAAAGGAUCGUGGCAAUGUGCCUCAGCCAAACAGGACAUCUGAACGCUAUCAGCCACCACGCCCUUACAAGGCUGGACCCCCUACGCGGAAAGAUGUUGACUCAAUGAAUGAUGAAACAUUUGGCUCUUUAGAAUGCUCAAAUGAUGAUAGAGCAGAAGAAGAAAAGAAACGGAGGGCAUCAUUUGAAUUGAUGAGGAAAGAGCAACACAAAUCCCUGCAAGAAAAGAAGAGUGGUCCUGAUAUUGAGAAAGGAAAUACUGGUGGCGAUAUCAUGUCGAUGUUACAAAAUUCUACUGAAAGCUUAGGUUCUAGAACUAAUACUGGGAAGCCAGAUGGACGUGUAGCGUCCUCAGUUUAUCAAGAAGAUACCACUAAAACACCUUCAAUUCUACCAGCUCCAGCAGCGAGGCCACUUGUCCCGCCUGGUUUCUCAAAUGCAUUUGUGGAGAAAAAGGUCCAGUCCCAGACGUCCAACAUUGCACUUGAACCAAAGGCCCAUGCUGCUGCUAGGGUGGAUAAGAUGCCCAGUAUUCCACAAUUUGAUGGCCAAUUAGAGAGAAACCAGUCAGCAGCAGAGCCCACCGCAGGCAACAGAAAUGAGAAGGGCAUCUCUGACAACAUUGGUGUACAUCAGAAGUACACUCUUCCAUCUGGAGGCAUUAGCUCUUCAACUGAAUUUGCUUCUAAAAUUUUGAAAGGGACUGAAGAUUGGGAAGUGGAUGCAAUGGACAAGUACUCCGUUGAGAAACAAAGUAUGUCAAAAAAUAGUGGUUCAGUUAGAAAGGACAGUUCAAUCUCAAUCUUGGAAGAGUUCUUUGGCAACACAUUGUCAAAAAGCGGUGGCAAUCUACCGACAUACAUUGAGAGUCAACAGCUGAAUACAGAUGCCGAUAUUAUGGUCUCGUCUGUACCAGAAUCAUCCAAAUUUGCUCGCUGGUUUCGUGAUGAAGAUUCAAAACCUUCAGAAGACAUAUCAUCAAAGAGCCUGUUCUCCAUGAUUGUCAAUAAUGAAACUCCAGGUCCACAAAACAUAGCUCCUGGUCCACAGAACAUAGCUCCUGGUCCAUCUUUAUCUGAUGGUGCUAUCCAGAAUUUAUCAUCGAAAGUACCUACUGAUAAGUUCGAUGCUUCAUCAAAGCUCCUAUCAUUUACAUCUCCUGCACCUGCUGGUGGUAUUCGGGAACAGCACAGCCAUGGUGGUAUCCCAGAGCCAGUUCCAGUUAUGAUGACAUGUGAGGAUCUUGAGCAGGCGAUGCUAGCACAGGUUGGUAGCAGCAGUUCUACUCAGAAGAAUGAUGUACAUAGGCACCAUGCUGUUUUGGACGAGCCAACCGCCAAGCAGAAAGUUGCUGUAGACAGUCAUGCAUCGCAUCCUCUUCUAUCAUUACUACAGAAAGGAACAGAUAACAAGGGUUCAUCUCCAUUUGGUUUCCACAUAGGAUCUGCUACUGAACCACAAAGUUCUGAUGUAAAUGUCAUGACCAACAGCAGGACAUCUGGAACUAUUCCAAUUAACAAAACUGAAACUGCCCCUGCUUCAGGAAAGAGCGUGACAUUGGAAGCAUUAUUCGGUGCUGCUUUUAUGAAUGAGCUCCAUUCGACAGAUGCACCGGUUUCUAUUCGGGGAUCUGGAUCUAGUCAUGAAGGAUAUUACCCUGGUGAAGAUGCUCGGCUCUUCAAUAAUAAUGAAAAUGGAGCUGCCCCUAAAGAAGCAAGAACUGGUAUAGAGUACCAGAAUCCAUCAUUCUCUGGUCCAAGUCAGGGUACUAGCUUUGACAGGAAAGGCUCAGAAAUUUAUCUGCCUGAGGAAGACAGUUUGUUUACGAUGAAUGACCCUUUCGGUGCUCGAAAGCCUGAUAUUUUGCCGUCACUGAGGUCCAGUAGGGUUGAGGUGCAAAAUCAGGAGAGGGCAGUUGAUGAUCUUAACUAUAAGCUUCAAAGCCUUGUAUCUGGUGAUGUAGAACACCGUCAAGUACUUGGUCCUGAUGCUCUGGGGUCCCACCCCCGCGAACAACGUUUCCAGACCGAGUCUCAGAAUCUGUAUCACCUUCUGCAGGGCAGGCAACCAGCACUGGCUCCUCGUCCUAUGCUGGAUCACCCUGGUAGUAGGAGUCAACAAGGCCCAUUUGACAUGCCACAAGCAGUGCGGCAUGAUCCCCGCCGUUCUUUCCCAGCUAAUAUGAAUCCUAUGCAACACACUCUGAAUGCUCCAGGGGUCCCUCAUUUAGAUCCAUCUGCCCAUCAUCCUAUGCUUCAGCGAAUGCCUGGGAGUUUUCCGGCAGAAGGCUUGCCGAGGGGUGUUCUUCCAUCUCAGCCCAUGCAUCAGGUUGCUGGUUAUCGACCUGAGAUGAAUAAUGUAAAUAACUUCCAUAUGCAUUCUCGCCAGCCCAACUAUGGAGACUUUGGAUUGAUGCCGCCAGGUCCAUCGGGUCCAGCAGUGAGAGGCAAUCACCCAGAUUCCUUGGAGAGGCUGAUGCAGAUGGAGCUGACAGCCAGAUCAAAACAGAUACAUCCAGCCAUGGCCGGCCCUGUACCCAGUGGCAGCAUAUAUGGGUCCGAGCUUGACAUGAACUCGGGAUACAGAUGAUGGAAGAAGAAUGACUAUGUUGUACCCGUUACCCAAACCACCAUGUUCUGUGUCCAUGAACUUGUGUUCGCGUUUGCGUCGCCAUGCCCGGAGUCGUGUGGUUGCUACAAGAUAGCCCGUCGGGGAGAGUUUCACCCGUACUGGUGUAUGAUGUAUGUAGUACUUCCUGUCUGAAAUGGUUGAUGAUGAUCUAUAGUGAAAGGAGGGAAGGAGGGAGGAUAUAUUGGGUGCUGUCAUUGUAGCAGCCACAUCUGUACUGUGUGUCUGUGUCUGACUAUUUGUUUUGAGUUUUGUAUAAAUGCUGUCCUGCUAAAAGAAAGAAUACCAAAUUAACAUUUC